AUGGCCGGCUGCUGCUGCUUGUCGGCGGAGGAGAAGGAGUCGCAGCGCAUCAGCGCCGAGAUCGAGCGGCAGCUUCGGCGGGACAAGAAGGACGCGCGCCGCGAGUUCAAACUGCUGCUGCUGGGAACUGGUGAAAGUGGCAAAAGCACCUUUAUCAAGCAAAUGAGAAUCAUCCAUGGGUCUGGUUACAGCGAUGAAGAUAGAAAGGGGUUCACGAAGCUGGUUUACCAAAACAUAUUCACCGCCAUGCAAGCCAUGAUCAGAGCCAUGGACACUCUGAGGAUACAGUACGCGUGUGAGCAGAAUAAGGAAAAUGCCCAGCUAAUCAAGGAAGUGGAAGUGGACAAGGUCUGCGCCCUGUCCAGGGACCAGGUGGAGGCCAUCAGGCAGCUCUGGCAGGACCCAGGAAUCCAGGAGUGUUACGACAGGAGAAGGGAGUACCAGCUGUCGGACUCGGCCAAAUAUUACCUGACUGACAUUGACCGGAUCGCCAUGCCGUCAUUCGUGCCAACACAGCAAGACGUGCUUCGCGUCCGAGUGCCCACCACCGGCAUCAUUGAGUAUCCGUUUGACUUGGAAAACAUCAUCUUUCGGAUGGUAGAUGUUGGUGGCCAGCGAUCUGAAAGACGGAAAUGGAUUCAUUGCUUUGAAAGUGUCACCUCCAUUAUUUUUUUGGUUGCUCUGAGUGAAUAUGACCAGGUCCUGGCUGAGUGUGACAACGAGAACCGCAUGGAGGAGAGCAAAGCCUUAUUUAAAACCAUUAUAACCUACCCCUGGUUUCUGAACUCGUCUGUGAUUUUGUUCUUAAAUAAGAAGGAUCUUUUGGAGGAGAAAAUCAUGUACUCUCAUCUAAUUAGCUACUUUCCAGAAUACACAGGACCGAAGCAGGAUGUCAAAGCCGCCAGAGACUUUAUCCUGAAGCUCUAUCAAGAUCAGAAUCCUGACAAAGAGAAAGUCAUCUAUUCUCACUUCACAUGUGCUACAGACACGGAGAAUAUCCGCUUUGUGUUCGCUGCUGUGAAGGACACAAUUCUCCAACUCAACCUGAGGGAAUUCAACCUGGUUUAG